AUGCGGGUGCAGAGGCCCCCCACCCUCCUCCUGCUGCUCUCGGGGGCGCUGGUCCUGCCCCCCAGCGGGGCCGGCCCCCACUCCCUGAGAUAUUUCAGCACCGCCGUGUCCCGGCCCGGCCGCGGGGAGCCCCGCUUCCUCGCCGUCGGCUACGUGGACGACACGCAGUUCGUGCGGUUCGACAGCGACGCGCCGAGUGGGAGGGUGGAGCCGCGGGCGCCGCGGAUGCAGCAGCCGUGGGUGGAGCGGGAGGACCCGGGGUAUUGGGAGGAGGUGACACAGAUCAGCAAGGGGACUGAACAGACUUUCCGAGGGAACCUGCAGACCCUGCGCGGCUACUACAACCAGAGCGAGGACGGGUCUCACACCAUCCAGUGGAUGUCGGGCUGCGAGGUGGGACCGGACGGGCGCCUCCUCCGCGGGUACAAUCAAUGCGCCUAUGAUGGCACCGACUACAUCGCCCUGAACGAGGACCUGACCUCCUGGACCGCGUCCGACAUGGCGGCUCAGAUCACAAAGCGCAAGUGGGAGGCGGUGGGUGAGGCCGAGCUAAGGAGGAGCUACCUGCAGGGCUGGUGUGUGGACUCACUGCGCAUGUACCUGGACAAGGGGAAGGAGACCCUGCAGCAAGCAGGUGGAAAAGGAGGGAGCUACGCUCAGGCUGCCAACAGUGACAGCGGCCAGGGCUCUGAUGUGUCUCUCUCGGCUUCUAA